UGUCAUGCAGCCAGAUCCCAGGGCUGAAUUUCCAAGCCCUGAAUCUGACUUCAUAACAUAAACAUGCGAGCACCUGGCGGGAGAAGAUAAAAUGAGCCUGGGAACUCAGGGGUGAAAGUAUAAACAAUUAUAAUUGCUGUAGUGUGGGGGGGAUAGAAACCUUGGUGGAAAUGUGAUCCAGAAGGUGGGGUUUGAUGAUGAUAUUUGCGUGUGAUAUUACGUUGCAUCAGAAGUGAUAAAAUUAGAUGUAUGUAAACAUUAGGUCAUUCUCGACUUUUCCAAAGUCAUGUAUUCUUCAAUAAAGAUUGUGUUUGAGAGCAGCUGUCUUUGAUCUGCGUUCAGACUGGUCCUUUGAAGUAAGCCUGACAGUAAAGUCGAGAAUCCCAUUUCUCACCCUCCUGCGGAAUUCGCAGUGAAGUGAUAAUGAGCGAGGAAGAAGAUCAAAGCCCAAAUGAGGCAGAGAGGCCUUUGCAAGGGGCCCGGCCGAAGAGAGAAGAGACGCUGCAAGCCAUAGCUUCCUCUACGGGGUACCCCAAGCCGAACGGCGUGACCCAGAGAAUUCCCAGGCUCGGAAGAGGCGUCUCUGCGGCUGCAGAAACCAGUUGGGGAUCUGGAGGAAGUAUGCCGGAGACCGUGGCCCUGCGGUUAUCCAUCCUGGAAACUAAUUUAUCCAGGCUGUCGGAAACCGUGGGGAGAUUGGUGCCAUUAUUGGAAGAGAAUCUCCAGAAGGAGGCCAGCCGAUAUGGCGCCGAGAGAGAACCAAGCAAAGAAGGAGAUUGGAGCCAGAGGGGCCAGCGGGCGUCAACGCAGAGCCCCGUGGCGGCAAGGGACGAGGGAGAUGAGGAAUACUGGCAGGAGCUGCAGUUCCGGGACAGCAUGGCGCGAGAAGUGGAGCGUCAGCGAGCCCUGGGGACCCUGAGGCCGCCGUCUCCAACAGAGCUCCUAACCCCCCGAAUGGGCGUCGGGGUGGAAAGGCCACUGGGGCCAGGGAUCGGGUCCAGUGGAUUCGCAGACGAAGGCGGAGAGGAGCGGGGGGUCCAGGAAGAGGAGGAGGAUGUGCCGUACGACGAGGAAAGGCGAGAUGAGGGGGCUACAGCUAGGCCAGUACGCGGAUGGGCGGAAGAGCCGACAGCGGCGGCAGACUUCCAGGAGCCGCGCAGAAUGACCACCGGAGUGGGGCGCGGCGUGUUCCAAGGAGCCGCCCGAGGAAACCUGAUGCAACCCUUCCCCAUGCCGCCCAGACAACAUCAAAGGGCUGCAGAAUGGAUGCCUAGAAGGGAAGAUCUCAAGCUGGAAUACGGAGGGGAAUCAGAUGAACUGAACUUUUUUCUAAUUAGCAUUAGAGGAUACAUGGAAGACAACGCACACACCUUUCCCUCCGAAGCAAGCAGGGUUCGAGCCAUCGGCAACACACUAAAGCGAGGAGCGGCCAGCUGGUAUGUGCAAUUGCAUGCCAGACGCGACCCAUGCCUGAGGUCAGUGCCCCGCUUCCUCGCCGCACUGGAGAACCGGUUCAGAGACCGGCUAGAGCAAUUGAGGGCUCGAGACCAGCUGAAAGGAAUAAAACAGAGGGACAAAACGGUGCCCGAGUACGCAGAGGAAUUCCUCCACCUCGCGGAAAGGGUACCGGAGUGGUCUGAAGUAACCAAAGUGGAACUAUUUAAAGAGGGACUACGCCCCGAGAUUUUCAGCUGGGCAGCGCACAGAGACGACCCCGAGACGCUCCAGGGAUGGAUUCAACUAGCGGGGCGCGUCGAAUCUACCCUGGCCCAAGUAAAGCGCUUCAGGAGCAGCAGCGGCCAGCAAAGACCGGUGGCGAGAGGUCGAGGAGAAACGAGGAAGCAAGAAAGACCCGGAGGGAGGCCGGGGAUUCCCUCCAGAGGAGACGACAACAAACCUAAACCGGGAUGCUUUGUAUGUGGGAAGACGGGCCACCGAGCAGCGGAAUGCUGGGCCCGGAAGGGGGAGCCGCCAAAAGCCCCAAAACCCAAGCCAGCAACCGGGAGGCGUGCGGAGGAGGAGGUGCAGGCCCCAGAAUCUUCGGAAAGAUUGGACUAUGGUGAAAGAAGAACCGAAGAGGAGGACGAAGAAAACGGGGGCGCCAUGUCAUGCAGCCAGAUCCCAGGGCUGAAUUUCCAAGCCCUGAAUCUGACUUCAUAACAUAAACAUGCGAGCACCUGGCGGGAGAAGAUAAAAUGAGCCUGGGAACUCAGGGGUGAAAGUAUAAACAAUUAUAAUUGCUGUAGUGUGGGGGGGAUAGAAACCUUGGUGGAAAUGUGAUCCAGAAGGUGGGGUUUGAUGAUGAUAUUUGCGUGUGAUAUUACGUUGCAUCAGAAGUGAUAAAAUUAGAUGUAUGUAAACAUUAGGUCAUUCUCGACUUUUCCAAAGUCAUGUAUUCUUCAAUAAAGAUUGUGUUUGAGAGCA